CCUUGAUUGGUAUCACCAUUCUCGUUCUCUCAUGCUGGUCGGAGCAAGUGGAGCUCCUCCUCCGUCUCCAUCUCCUCCUCCUCUUUGGAAUCGAAUUGAAGCAUUCAAUUGGAACAGCGGUCUGCGAAUUCAGUGUUAUGGUUGGCUUGUGUGGUAGGAGAGAAGCACCAACUAACAAAUGGGCCAUCACUCAUGCUGCAACAAACAAAAGGUUAGGAGGGGCCUGUGGUCUCCUGAGGAGGAUGAGAAGCUCAGAAAGUACAUUUCCACCUAUGGCCAUGGUUGCUGGAGCUCUGUUCCAAGGCUAGCUGGCCUGCAAAGAUGUGGGAAAAGUUGCAGGUUGAGAUGGAUCAAUUACCUCAGGCCAGACUUGAAAAGAGGAAGCUUCUCGCACCAAGAAGAAACCCUUAUAGUUGAACUCCACAAACUGCUAGGAAACAGAUGGGCGCAGAUAGCCAAGCACCUCCCAGGGAGAACAGAUAAUGAGGUGAAGAACUUUUGGAACUCAACAAUAAAGAAAAAGCUCAUCUCUCAUGCUGUGGAUGGUCUCAACCUUAUUCCUUCUCCAGAUAGUUACUACAUUCCUGAUGGCGUAGCAACGACAAGAGGAUAUGAUGGCCAAUGCAUGGCCGGCUACGCUGUCGAGACAACAAUUGCACCUUCAAUAACACGAGCUCAUCUAUAUGGUUCCUUGUGGCCUUCAAAUCCUCAACAGUUCAAUCUUCUCGACUGUGAUCGCCAAAAUGUAAAGGACUACAGCACUCUUAACUUCUGCAGCGAAAACACCAUCAAUACACUGUUAACAGAAACCAAGUGUGCUGAUGUGAAGCUUGUGGAUGGGUACGAUCAACCGAUCGAGAUCGAAAAAUGCACUGUUCCAUUGCUUUCGGCAUCAAAUGAGAUCGAUCCGAAUGCUCACGUCAGUGCCUAUUUCCGAGCUCAGCCUUGUGUAUCUGAUCUUCUUCAAGAAUCUAUCGGUCCAGGGGAUUUCUUCGAUGUAAUCUUGGGGUCAUCUUCGUUGGCAGUUUCGGGUGAUGGCCUUUCUAUGAACCCUGGCAUUCAGCCACAUUGGGUUCCUUGAGAAUCUCUCUCAUAUUCUCUCUCAUAUUCUCUCUCUCUCUCUCUAAGAUGAUAUACAUAUAUAUAUACAUAUAUAUAAUAUAUAUAUAUAUAUGGACUGAUUGGGAAGUACAUCUAAUGUGGGCUGCAGAGUUGAAGGCCUAAGAGAAGAAUAUCACAUGGUGAGUUCCCUAUACUUGCUUCUUUUGUUGCUUCAUGUGGCCGUGAAUUCAAUUCACUGUGUGCCUCUUACAACUGGCAUUAAUUUGAUGAGUUAACAUAUGCUUGUCGACGUUGUA